AAGCGGAAGUGGUGGCGGGCCCGGACGGAAGCAGGAAGCGGCGGGGCAGGACGACGCCCGCGGCGGUUUGCGGGCUUCGCGGUGAUGGCGGAGAAGUUCGACCACCUGGAGGAGCACCUGGAGAAGUUCGUGGAGAACAUCCGGCAGCUCGGCAUUAUCGUCAGCGACUUCCAGCCCAGCAGCCAGGCCGGGCUCAACCAGAAGCUGAAUUUUAUUGUUACUGGCUUACAGGAUAUUGAUAAAUGCAGACAGCAACUUCACGAUAUCACGGUCCCUUUAGAAGUAUUUGAAUACAUAGACCAAGGUCGAAACCCCCAGCUCUACACCAAAGAGUGCCUGGAGCGGGCUCUGGCUAAGAAUGAGCAAGUUAAAGGCAAGAUUGACACAAUGAAGGAAUCCAUUUCAAAGUUUUGGAGUUACAAAGCCCAAGAGUAAUUGAUACCCAGUGAGGAAAGGGACCUGAGGCCACAAGGACCCACCAUGAACGUGGACUGACAUCCUCCUGCAGAGGCGGCACAGCGCGUCCACACGGCCUCUCUGUGAACACCCGAGGGAAGGAGACCUUGGUCCUUCCCCAAAUCGCCCCUUCCUUCGCCUGUGGACACUGGACCGGCAGGCUGCAGUCCUCAGAGUCACAUAGGGUCAGACAGCGCUGAAGUGAGUGAGUAGGCAUGUGCACACAAACUGUGUUUGUCUGCAGCUUUCUUGUGUUAGCUUUGUUUGUGCGCUAUAAGGAACAGUAUCCGCAUAUCCGUCGAUAGCUCCAGUAUAACAUAUACUAAGCCUUCCCAUGCUAAGUCGCUUCAGUCAUGUCCAACUCUUUGUGACCCCGUGGACGGUAACCUGCCAGGCUCCUCUGUCCUGUGAUCCUUCAGGCAAGAAUACUACAGUGGGUAGCCAUUCCCUUCUCUAAGGGAUCUUCCUGACCCAGGGAUCAAACCCAUGUCUCUUACAUCUCCUGCAUUGACAGGUGGGUUCUUUACCACUGCACCACCUGGGAAGCCCAUUAAGCCUUCUCAGUUACUUUUUAUUAGAAUGAAUUCAUAUUUAUCUAUCUAUCUACCUAUUUGUCUACCUGUCAUUUCUAUCUCUACCCAGUCAUCCAUCCACCCACUCAUCCAUCAACCCACCCACCCAUCCA